ACAUGAAGACAGAACUUGGGGUUAAAGACAACAACUCAUUAUAUUCCACAUAUUCCCUAUCCAUCACUUGCUUACAACAUUAUUACAAGCAUCAAAUUUUUAUAGUAAAGUGCAAUAGAGAUGUCUGGAGCAAUGACAUCAAUGGCCAGUCUACUUGGUUCUUCCAAUGCUGUCUUGGAAGGUAGUCUCCAGUUCAGUGGCUCCACUCGCUUAAGCUCAGCUGCUAGCUGCACCCGUGUGACCCUGGCUCCACCAGUGUUCAGUGUUAGAGCUCAGCAGAUGUCAUUUGACACCGAGACUAGUCGUCGCGCAGUCAUUGCUGUUGUUGCUGGUUUCGGUGUUGGCUCCUUUGCUAGAGAUGUGCUAGCUGCUGCGAAUUCGAUUAAAAUUGGACCACCUCCACCGCCAUCAGGCGGAUUGCCUGGAACUGACAACUCAGACGAGGCCAGGGACCUCGAUAAGCCACUGAAAAAGCGGUUUUACCUGCAACCAUUGCCGCCAGUAGAGGCAGCAGCGAGGGCUAAGGAUUCGGCCAAGGACAUUAUCAAUGUGAAGGAGCUCAUCGACAAGAAGGCCUGGCCUUAUGUGCAAAAUGAUCUGCGUUCCAAGGCAGAAUAUCUGCGCUAUGAUCUCAACACUGUUAUUUCUGCAAAGCCAAAAGACGAAAAGAAGUUACUCAAAGAACUCGCAGGAAAGCUCUUCCAAGUAAUUAAUGAAUUGGACUAUGCAGCCAAGACGAAGAGUACUCCUAAAGCAGAGAAGGCCUAUGCUGAAACCGUAACUGCACUUAAUGAUGUUCUUGCUAAGCUUGGUUAAAAAAGUUCUGGUAUUAUGAUACAAGCUUUGUUCUUACGAUUAACUGAAGCAUUUUUUUGUUGCUGUUCAAAAAGAAUCGAUCCAAAGAUCAUUAACAGGUUGUUAUACUGGAAAUUGUGAAAAAUAAGAAGACCCGUUGUUUGUCACUUGUACUUCUCUUGAUGUAUUCAGUAAUUGUUCAGUCUUUUGUUA